CUGUGCAUCGCCGGCCAUGUUUUUGAUUGGUACACAUGUCAAUGAUGCUGAUGAAGAAAUGAUUAAGCAACAGAAUGAAUUUCUGUCUAAAAUGUUUUGUAAUAAAGCAUUUCAGAAGCACAUCCUGCGACCGUCCGAUCACCGUGAUGAUUGGUUCUUUUGUGUUGAGAAUUCAGUGUCUGACCCUGACAGUGCAAGUGAGGAUGCAGGUGUGAGUGCAGUGAAGCGACUCAUUGAAGAGAUGGCACAUGAUGUGUCACCCAAACAUCUAAUACCAGCCACUUGGUCAGUUCUAGAGAAGAUCCUUGAUGCUCUAGAAGAAAAAUUGGGCAGUGCCCUUUCCAAUGUCCAUGUUAUCAUGGUUUUUGCUCGUCGAUUGUGUCGUAUGUCUGAAGAGAAAGAAGUUCGUACUGCUCUGGCAUAUUUAGAUGAAGCCGGUUCAGUCAUUUUUCCUCAGAAAAGUGACAAGCUGAAGAACAUAGUCGUCACCAAACCAAGCUGGAUUUUCAUGGUUUUCUCAGUGGUGGCGUCUGUCACUACUCGUCCUCAUCCCUUACUGAGUGAAGAUUGGGAUCGAGUACGACAAGUAGGAAUUGCUUCUUGGAAACUCAUUGAUCAUCGCUUGAAGAAGGCAGGAGUGAAACAUGAGGAAUAUGAAGAUGUACUGAAUCUCUUGAAUUUCUUUUUCAUUGUCUGCCCCAAAUUUUGUUCACCUCAGUCAUCAGUUCCCUACGAAAUGGAAUAUUUUGUUCCUUGUUUGCUAGAAGUCAAGUCAGAAGGUCCGUUUGCAGCUGCUAAUUCGGUUGCUUCUAAUCCAAUGUCACUCAUUGUUUUGUCUCGUGAUAUCGAGUUUAUUCCUGAGCAAUUGCAUUUCAGGCUGAUGACGUGUUGCAUUGAGAGAUAUUCUGAUGAACCAAUGUUGACACGUAAUCAGUCUGUAUAUCGAGUUGAAAAAGAUGUCAAGUUGGAACUGAUCUAUCACUUGAAGAAAUAUAUUAUUGUCACUAUCGACACGAAACGGCCACUUAAUGAAGUUGCAUCUCUGUGUACAGACAUCCGUCUGUUCAUCACUAAAAAGCUUCAUGAAGUGAAGACCCCAGGGUUGCCUCAGUUUCAGUUUUCAUUAAAUAUUCAACAUCCCGGACCAGCCAUUCCAGUGGAUGUCAGCAAGUUGGUAUGUAUAGACAAGUAUAUACCAAGUGAGGACACAACAUUGAGAAGAAACAUAAAGAGGGACGAUGUCAGCCUUGAUCACAGUGAAAGAGUGGCAUUAGACUGUUGGUUUUAUGACGAGAAAGAUGAUGUAUUAAGAAAAAUGCAAGAACAGUCCCUGACAAUAACUGCAAACAGGAAAUGUACAGAAGAUGAUAUUGUGAAUGUAGCUAACCAAAUUUCUGGUUGCUGGAAAACCCUUGUUCUAAAUUUGUCACCUACAUUUUUCAUGAGCAAGACAAGAGUGAUAGAAAAAGAAAACAGAGAUGAUUGUUUUAUGCAAGCUGUAACAGCACUGAAUAUGUGGACAAAUGAAUUUGGUAACAAAGCAAGCCAGGCAGCAAUGAUCAAGGCAAUGUGCAACAUCAGCUGUAGAUCUCAGGCUGAAGAUGUCUUUAGUAGCAGUUUGGUGGAGCACAUCUGCCCACAUAAAUGACUGUGUUUGUCUGCACUUGUAGGCAGAGUUGUUUUGUUAAGAGGAAUCAAACAUUACUUGUUUUACGUUCACAUUAUUCACUCACUAGUCUUUCUUGAUGUGCAUUGUUUUCAGUGGACAUAUAUAUGGCUGUUACUAUUUAGCAUUUUACCUUUUGUUUUUAGAAAUACAUUGAUAUAUUGACAGAGCAUAGAGUGCCACGAGUUACAAAGAGAAAUACAAAUGGUUAUGAUUGCGUAGUACAAAUGAUAGUGAAUGGGAUUUGUGGCAAAUAGAGUAAUAAUAUUUACUAUGGUGAUGGGCUGCAGUUCAGUUGGUGUAUAUACCAGUCUACUAUCCUACAGGCUACAGCACAAUAGAUAUGUCUAUUAAUUAAUUACUGAUAUGCCAGCAUGCAGUUCUAUAAAUCUAUGGGAAUGGCUUACAUAGGGCGAGUAUAUGAAUAGAGAUUAGUAACUACUGAUGUCUAUGGCUUC